AUGGCAUGUAUCAUGGAGAGCAAGAUUGUGGGAAUAGAAAAACAGCGGCAUAGCUUGACUUUACUUAGCAAAAUUAAGAACAUGAAAGAAUUAGCAGAAAUGAUAGAUGUGGUGCUAAUAGCAGAAGGGAAGAAAUUUCCCUGCCACCGACUGAUUUUGGCUGCUUUUAGUCCUUAUUUCAAAGCCAUGUUCACCUGCGGUCUGCUCGAAUGUGUUCAGAAGGAAGUCAUACUCUAUGAUAUCACAGCCGAGAGCGUCUCUAUAAUAUUAAACUAUAUGUACAAUGUGGAUUUGGACAUCAAUAAUGCCAAUGUACAGACUGUAGCUGUUGCUGCCUACUUUAUGCAAAUGGAUGAAGUCUUUAGCAUGUGCCAAAAAUAUAUGAUGGACCACAUGGAUGCCUCCAAUUGCGUAGGAAUCUAUUAUUUUGCCAAACAUAUUGGGGCAGAAGAUUUGUCUGAUCAAGCCAAGAAAUAUUUAUAUCAGCACUUUGCUGAGGCAAGCUUACAUGAAGAAAUUCUGGAAAUUGAUGUGGAUCAACUGAUGGGGCUUAUUAAAUCAGAUGAUCUUAAUAUUUCCCGAGAGGAGAGUAUUCUGGACUUGGUUUUGAGGUGGGUGAACCAUAACCGAGAGUUGCGCCUUGAGUCCCUUGUUGAACUUUUGAAACAAGUAAGACUGGGACUUGUGAAUCCUUCAUUUUUAAGAGAAGCAUUGAAAAGGAACACGGCACUUCUCAGUAACUCAGAUUGCAUUGAUCUCAUCCAGGGUGCCUUAGAUGCCAUCAAGAAAUCCAAACAACUUUCUCUAAAUCUCCGUUAUGGGAUGGAGACCACUAGUCUUCUGCUUUGUAUUGGCAACAAUUCCACAGGGAUCCGAUCAAGACAUGGCAACUAUGGAGAUGCAAGUUUUUGCUAUGCUCCUAUAACAGGGAAAACUUACUUCCUCUCCUCUCCAAAGUAUGGAGAAGGCUUAGGAACUGUGUGUACUGGGGUCGUUAUGGAAAACAAUGACAUCAUCGUGGCAGGGGAAGCCAGUGCUUCCAAACUAUCUAGACAAAAGAACAAGAAUGUAGAGAUCUAUAGGUACCACAACCGGGGAAACAAAUGUUGGGAAAAGUUAUGCGCCACUGAAUUUCGGGAGCUCUAUGCCCUAGGCAGUGUCUAUAGGGACCUUUAUGUUAUAGGAGGACAAAUGAAAUUGAAAAACCAGUAUCUUGUUACCAAUUGUGUCGACAAGUAUUCAGUGGAACAUGACAACUGGAAAAGGGUGGCGCCUCUUCCGUUACAACUAGCAUGCCAUGCAGUAGUAACAGUGAAUAAUAAACUUUAUGUGAUGGGAGGAUGGACCCCACAGAUGGAUCUCCCUGAUGAUGAGCCUGAUCGAUUAAGCAACCGACUGUUGCAGUAUGACCCUGGCCAAGAUCAAUGGAGAGAGCGGGCACCAAUGAAGUACUCUAAAUACCGAUUCAGUACUGCUGUAGUCAACAGUGAGAUUUAUGUUUUGGGUGGAAUUGGCUGCCUGGGCCGAGACAAAGGCCAAGUUCGGAAAUGCCUGGAUGCUGUGGAGAUCUACAACCCAGAUGGGGAUUUUUGGAGGGAGGGGCCCACCAUGCCAACUCCCCUCCUCUCCCUUCGAACCAAUUCUACCAAUGCAGGAACAGUGGAUGGAAAGCUGUAUGUCUGCGGGGGGUUUCAUGGAGCAGAUCGGCAUGAGAUUAUCUCCAAGGAGAUCUUGGAGCUGGACCCGUGGGAAAAUCAGUGGAACGUUGUAGCCAUCAACGUCCUCAUGCAUGAUAACUAUGAUGUCUGUCUUGUGGCCAAGAUGAAUCCCAGGGAUCUCAUUCCCCCACCUUCAGAUUUAGUAGAAGAAAGAAGUUAA